AUGAAGUGGCUAUCUGUCCUGCCCCAACAGUGUAUUUUGCUGAUGACAUGUGUCUUAAUGGCCUUGGAAGCUGUACCUAUAGACAUAGAUAAGACAAAAGUCAAAGGAGAAGGUCACGUGGAAGGAGAAAAGGUAGAAAAUCCAGAUACAGGACUUUAUUAUGAUGAAUAUCUCAGGCAAGUGAUAGAUGUCUUGGAGACAGAUAAGCAUUUCAGGGAGAAACUCCAGACUGCUGAUAUAGAGGAAAUUAAGAGUGGAAAACUUAGUAGAGAGCUUGAUUUAGUAAGCCACCAUGUGAGAACACGGCUGGAUGAACUAAAAAGACAAGAGGUGGCAAGAUUAAGAAUGUUAAUUAAAGCUAAGAUGGAUUCUCUUCAAGACACUGGCAUAGACCAUCAGGCUCUCCUUAAACAGUUUGAGCACCUGAACCAUCAGAAUCCCGACACCUUUGAACCUAAAGACUUAGAUAUGUUGAUCAGAGCGGCUACAAGUGACCUGGAAAACUAUGAUAAGACCCGCCAUGAGGAGUUUAAGAAAUAUGAGAUGAUGAAAGAACAUGAGAGGAGAGAGUAUUUAAAAACACUGGAUGAAGAAAAGAGGCAGCGAGAAGAAUCCAAAUUUGAGGAGAUGAAGAAAAAACAUGGAGAUCACCCUAAAGUUCACCAUCCUGGAAGCAAAGAUCAACUGAAAGAGGUGUGGGAAGAAGCAGAUGGACUAGAUCCCAACGAGUUUGACCCCAAAACAUUUUUCAAAUUACAUGAUGUCAAUAAUGAUGGUUUCCUGGAUGAGCAAGAAUUAGAAGCCCUAUUUACUAAAGAGCUAGAAAAAGUUUAUGAUCCCAAAAAUGAAGAGGAUGACAUGGUUGAAAUGGAAGAAGAAAGGCUGAGAAUGAGAGAACAUGUAAUGAAUGAGGUUGACGUCAACAAGGACCGGCUAGUGACUUUGGAAGAGUUCCUGCGAGCUACAGAGAAAAAGGAAUUUUUGGAGCCAGAUAGCUGGGAGACACUCGAUCAACAGCAGCUCUUCACUGAAGAUGAGCUGAAGGAAUUUGAAAGUCAUAUUUCUCAUAGAAAGAAGGCAGAAGAUCUUCAGAAGCAGAAGGAAGAGCUACAGAGGCAGCAUGACCAGCUUCAGGCUCAGAAACAAGAGUUUCAGCAGGUUGUAAAACAGAUGGAACAAAAGAAACUACAGCAAGGAAAUCCCCCUGCGGGACCAGCUGGAGAACUGAAAUUCCAACCCCCGGCAGAACACAAAGUCGGAGAUGCGCCAAAACAUCCUCCUGGAGGCGACCAGCCUUUACCACCAGGACACGUCCAAGAACCAGCUGCUAGAACUGAUCAAGUUCACCCUUAACCACUUGUGCCUCAACUUUAUAGCAUCUUUAUUAUCGGGAGGGGGCAGGGAGGGCAGGAAA